AUGUACAAUUUUUUUUGUUAUUGUCUCGCCACGCAUGCGCGAAAAACCUGGCUCGCGUCUUAUGUACUGCGUUAAACGGGCCCCAACAUAACAUUUAUGUCAAAUAUUGAAUAGAUAUGUCAUCAAGUUUAAUCCGAGACAAAUAUUAUUUUGCAAUGCAAAGUUUGCAUGAUUGAGAAAAAGAAAUUGGCAACAUAAUUAAAUAACGAACGACCAAAUUAAAACAAAAUCGUUAAUGAAAUCAUAAUUGUAUAUAACUUUUACACUCGCGUUUAUGAUUACUUAUUAUGUAUAAUAGCGGCUGGAAUAAUUUAAUCAAACGUAACGACAUUUACAAAUAUGAACCUAAAGUCGAGGUUGAGAAAGAACGUUGUACAGCUAAACUCAGUUUUCUACAAAUGUCUUUCGAUUACGAUGAAGAAUGCCUGAUUGUAGUAGACACCAAAGGAUACUUACAUUACAUCGAGUUGCUCGGAGAUGUUCCAUGUUACAAAAUAUUGGGAAAAAUCGGGCGAUCUACUUUUUUAGCAUUUAAUCCUACGUGCACGGAGGAAAUACUGAUAGGACUCGAUACCGGUGACAUAAAGAUUUUGAAGCUUCAUGCAGAUAUCAAUGAAUUUUCUUUGUUAUCCGGUCACAAACUGGUACCGAAACACAUUUCCUUUUACAAGCAUCAUUGUCUAACAAACUCUCGAAACGAAGUAAUAAUAUGGGAUCUGAGAUCUUAUAGCAUAAUUCAUCAAUUAAAAGUCAAAGUACAGAACGUUAUCAAGAAAGCUGCAUUCUCAAGUGUGGGUCAUAUCGUUGUGUUGUAUUACAAUGACACUAUACAGGUUUGGGCAUUAAAACAGUUGCACGAGGAUACGAAAAUUGAUACAAAGAUAUUUGGAAUACAUUAUAUCAGAGAUUUUGUCUUUACGAAAGAUGGAAGAGCUAUGAUAGUGAGUGCUAUGAGAAACAUAAGCAUUCUUAAUACAUAUGACUGGAGUUUAUUAAAGAAAUUAUGUUUACCUAAUGACUUUGUUGAAGCAAAACUAUUGUCUAUUGUUCCAUGCCCAUUAGAUGGUGGGGCAAAUAAAAUUUUAGCAUUUCUAUCCUCGAAAUGUACUCUUCAACUUUGUGAUAUAAACACAUUAACUUUUCUAGAGAUACCUAUUCAUAUUGGUAGAAUGAAAAAAUUUGCAAUUUCAUCUGCUGGUAGGUAUAUAGCAUAUAUAGAUCAAGAAGGAUGUUUAAAUAUAACAUAUAUGGACAAAAUAGUUUUGAAAAAAUAUCUUCAUCCUAAUGAAUCAAUAAAAUCAUCUAAAAUAUAUACGCACAAAAUAAGUGAUCAUUUGGAAUGCAUUAGAAAAAGUAUGAAGCAAGAAUUAAAUAUGAAGCGAUUGAUGUUUAUUUUAAAAGAAUUUGGAGAAUAUCCAAAAAAAUAUCGUAUAUUAAUUUGGUCCACUAUUUUAAAGUUACCAGCUAAUAAAAAUGCGUAUGUUACCCUGGCAAGUAAGGUAAUACAUGGAAGACUUGUGUCAAAUAUUUUAACAAGUCUUUCUUUGGCAGAUAAAAGCAAAGAGUCAUUGUUGGUCAUGGCAACACAUUGCUUGGUGCAAUGGUGUCCUCUGCUAAUACAAAGUUCAUUUCUUCCCAGCUUAAUUUUUCCAUUUCUCAUGGUAUUUCAGAAAAAUCCAUUACUUGCCUUUGAGUUGAUUUUAAGUAUGCUAUUAAACUAUUGCCAAAAAUGGUUCGAGUACCAUCCAUUGCCACCCUUGAAUAUUUUGGGGAUUAUUGAGAAUAUUCUCCUGGAAGCUGAUCCCACAUUAUUAAACAUCUUUUGCGAACAUGGAAUCACAAGUAGCGAAUAUGCAUGGCCAUUACUUCAAACUGCAAUGAGCGAAGUACUGUCUGGAAACGAGUGGCUGAUUUUGUGGGAUCAUCUAAUAUCUUUUCAAAGACCUUCUCUACUAUUAAUGUGUGUUGUUGCAUAUAAUAUUUUGUCAAGAGAAAAUAUAAUUUCUUUAAUAAAAUCAUCUGAAGAUGUCAAAGCAUUUUAUAGCACUCAAAGUCAUAUUAGAGUCAAGGAUUUGUUAAAAAUUGCAAGAAAAUUAGAUCAGGAGAUAUCAAAACGAAUACAUCCUAGUUGUUAUCUGAGGGAUAAUUUAUUACAAUUAAAUGAUAACGGACCCUAUCCUUCAUUUAUAUCAAAGGAGUACCCAAAAUUUCUUGCUGAAAACUUUAGCGUUGCAGAUUUAAAAAAAUUGAAAAUGCAGGAACAUUUGCAACAAUAUGAUCAUAGGAUUGUAAAUUUUGAAAAGAGAAGAUUACAUGCAGAGACUGAAGCUUUUGCAAGACAAAUUCAUGAAAGAAGAAUGAGUGAAGUACAAAAAUGCUAUCAAGAACAUUUUAGUAAUUUAAAUUGGCAAAUGCAGACUUUGCCGCUAAAUGCAGAGGAAGAAAAAUUCUGUUAUCACUUGUAUGAAGAUUUUAAUUCACUGUCUGAAAGAAAACGGGAAUGUGAUAAAUGCAAGAUUGUAGAAGAUACAAUUUCGAAUUUUGAAAAUACUAAUUUGAGAAAUUAUAAAAAGUUGCAACAAGAUGUAACAAAGCUCGAAUAUGAAGUACAAAGUUUCUUGACUUCACUGUGAUUUCAUAAAUCAAAGAUGGAAAUUAAUUAGAAUAUAUUUUUGCCAUGCAAGAAUUUAAAAGUUCAUAUAGGCCAAAUAAAAUAAUACUAUUGCAUAAAA